AUGAGGAGCACGUUUCGGCCGUGCCUCGUUUUUUUCUUGGCUCUCUUUUACGCUUCCAAUUCUCAAGACAUCACGGUGAGAAGAAUACUUGAAAGCUCUGUGGAUAGAGCUAUUUUCAGGUGAAAGAAGGAGAAUCUUUGACUUUGCCGUGUCCCGCACACAACCUUGGUGGAGGAAGUAUCUUAUGGAAGAAAAACGAUGAACUCAUUGCCCUUGAUGAAGAUGUCUUGACCAGCGAAGGUGGAUAUGCAGUUAUGCUGGAAGGCUCGGUAGGCUUUUUUUCUGGCUCUUUAUGGAAAAAAGAAACGGAAUUUACAGAACUCAAGCCUCAUCAUCAGCCGCAUUGAGCCAAUCAACUCGGCCAACUACUCCUGCGAACAAACUGAUCCAGUGAAAGAUCUGCCUCACCUCAUCAAAAACUACCGCGUCAGAGUCAACGGUUAGUUUCGUUUAUCAUCAAAAAAGUAUACAAAUCGUUGGAAAUUGCAACUGCGAAGCGAUAUCCUAAAUGAAUGAAACUGAAGCAAGGGUCACUCCGAUUUGUCAAGCAUUUCAAUUGCGGCGUCGCCAUUUUGAAACACUCGGUAAAAUGGGUUUGCGCUUUUCAGCGACGAUACCGCAUAAUUGGAGCCGCUUGAUGGCACCCGUAGAUAUAUUUGAUGAGCGGGUGGAAUGCGUCGGGCCGAUAUUAAACGGCCCGCGACAGAAUCAAUCGUAGUCUGACAAGACCAAAGCCAUGGAGCCCAGUAACAGACCAAUAUCAUUCUUUUUCAAAGAUGACUAUAUCGAGCAAGUUUCACAGAUAUGCAUCAUUUCGAGAUUAAUCUAACCGAAAACCUUUUUCGUAAAUUUUUUCCCUAAUAAGCUUCGAUAGGACACCAGUACAGUUAAAAGAAGCCCAGAAAUUUUCUCAGAGAGUCUAGUACUUCAACUCAGUGCCAAAUGGGUUUCGGGUUGUCAGAAGGCGAAGACACGCGAAAAUCCUUGGCUUGCCGCUCGCUGUCCCUUCUUAUCUUAAACGUUCAUCGUUAACCCUUGCGAGUCGCCGGUUAUUACUCAUUCGUCAUGGUGCAACGCGGCAGAAGAGCCGGCAGAAGCAAAACAGAAAUUGACGGAGUUGAUCAAAAUGCAAAGUCAUUUUCUGUCCUAUGCGAAGAAAUCAAAAUUAAGCAAACGAGCGAAUUUGAAGAAAUAAUCAUUUGAUGAAAUUUCAUGAAAGUCAUUUGCUCAACUUUUUGACAGUAGGAGUUUCCAAAAGAGGACAAAUGCAGUCUGUGGAACACUUUGGAACUAUCACGAUUUUCAGCUCCUCCAGUCAUAGUCAUCUCGCCGGAUCACGCCGUCUACAACUUGCGAGUCGGAGAGAAAAACGUCGUUCUCCAAUGCUACGUCAAAGAAGGAAAUCCACCACCAACAGUCCAGUGGGCUCGUCAAGUUUGUUUUCUGAACCUCUUAUUAAAAAUUGAUGGUAUCAGCCGUACCUGUAAAGCUAACCUGGUAAACAAUUUAAUAUUAAUGAGCAUCGGGACCAGUUGCUUCUGCAAUCAGCCGCGCUUUCCAAAUGAUAAUCCUAUGUGGGCGAUUCGGCGCCCAAUUUGUAGACAGAUUAACUGCACGUAGAAUCUUCUAAUUGGCGUUUGGACCCGCAGAAGAGUCAAAUUUCUCUGAGAAGGAUAACUAGCCGAUUGACCCCUCACUGAAUUAGCUCCGGUUUUAUGACCGAUUCGAGGACAGUCAGAAUUGAAAGGAAUAUUCGACUGUAAUUAUAAAAAAAAGGAUAGUUUCGAGAGUUUUUCUUUUUGCAGGAUGGCCAGUUCCCGAACGACAUCAAGAGGGAAGGAAAAGGAGCCAAACUCGUCAUUCCAGUUGCUUCGAAAUCACACUCCGGAAAUUAUUAUUGCGAAGCGACAAAUGUUGCUGGAAGCUGCAGAGUCGGAGUAGAGAUCCUUGUGGACGGUUAGUUUUUUUUUGAAAGUUUGUGGGUCUUGGAAAUUUUGAUGUGAUGUGCAGUGUACUUGAGAUUUUUUGCGUGAGAAUAUCUGAAUUUUGAAUUGGGUAGGAGAAACAGCAAAUCUACAGUAAAAAUAGCUGCCUUGCUCUCUUAGAACCUUUUUUUUGAGUCGUAUAGAUGAGCGAAACGGGCGCCGUCCAAUACAUCUAAUGAGUUUUUGUCGGAUUUCCUAUAAGUUUCUCGAGCAAUGUGAGAAUCAAGCCAGCCAACGUUUUUUGCUCUGUUUCGUAGGCUACAGCCUAUUAAUAAUGUGGGCGACAGAGAAAAAAAAUAUCUGUGAUGCUUUUUUUUUUGUUACAUUGAGCGUGUUUGUGUGUCAGGGAGAGAAAAAGUUGAUAUACUACAUGGCAGGACGAUCUUUUAGUGCAAACACCGCCAAGCCAUUUAUCACUCUCAGAGACCACAAAAAAACACACAUAAAUCUUUGAACAGUUGCCAAUUUGUAUCCGUUUGAUAGCUGAUAAUAUGCUCGGAGGAACAUGAGUUUUUGAGCAAAAGAUUUAAGAGAAUGAUACAGCAGGAUUCUUUAAUUUUAUUUUUUGAAGUCCUAGCUUAUCCAUGAACAUUUUUCUGAAUUUUUAAAAACAUAAAAAAUUUCAUGGUUCUGAAAUUUCUGAUUUCUAGGCUCGAACAUUUUUUAAGUCUUGUGCUAAAAUCUUGAGAGCCUUGUGGCAAGAUUAGCUUUUCCAUUUCUGACAAGUAUUUUCGUAUGAACUAUAGUUGCAGUUUCGAAUCCCUUAUAAUUCCUAAAACUUCCAAUCUUAUUAAAUUUUUUGAAAGUUCUGAACUUGCUUUGAGGUGUUUGAUUAAUUUUCCAGCUCUCAUUUCAGAUUCGGACACCGACGGCCCUGGACGUAAGUGCAUUCGCCGUGUUCGUGCAUGUGUUGUGAUGUGCCCCACUUUACUGUUUCUGUGCUUUCCAAAACAUUAAAACAAAGCGAAAAAGUUGGCCGCUGAGCCAACCGUUUCGCUUAUUGUCUUGCGCGCCGCUGAAAAGAUUGAGGCAGCUGGAAACGUGUCGGAAGACAAAAGAUGCGUCGCUUCUUUUGCCGGCAGCUGCACGUCUAUUCUCAGUCAUAACUGUUGUUUAGGUUAGCUAGAAGGUCACGAACAGGGUUACAAUAAACUUGAGAAGAAAAAGUUGUUUUUUUCUUUUCAGGAGUGGGAAAUUCGGAGAAAGUAUGGUUUCUUGAAGGGAUGUUUUUUUCAUUUUUUUUUUUUGAUUAUGUGACUAAAGUUUGAGAAACUCCAGCACAAACUUUCCAGAAAAAAAUUAGAAAAAAAGUCUGUCAACAGCUUUUUUUGAAAAAUAAAGCCUCGAAUAUCUUAUUAUGAAAUUUAACUUUCAAGCUUUCUUUUUCAGAAAAUCAUAGUUUUUCAAGUAAAAUUUUCAAAAACUCAUUCUCAAACAAAACUGAGUUUUUCGGAAAAUAAAAAUCAUGCUUUGAAGAUGAGAAAUAAUUAACUUUAUUUUGAAAAUUUCCAGUCAAAAUGUUUCAAGAAUUCAAUGAUAACACUGUUAAAAUUGAAUCUUCGCUCGAAAUUUUCAUAUUUGUGAAUUCCAAGACCCGAUUAAACGGAAAGUUUCUCGAUCAAAGGAUCGUGACGCAUUUGUGAAUAACUGUACACGCAAUCUGUACAACUGAGCAAAUCAAAUCGGACAAAAUCAAUAAAUAGAUGACGUUGCAACAGAUGGCUGACGACUCGAAAACGUUUGCCCUUGCUGGGAAAAAAAAGGGACCGUAUCGCGCCAUAUGGAAGCAUUUAGUAUCAGCCAUCACUCAUGCCAACUCUUCCCAAAAUCCGUUUCCAGCUGUGUUUGAUCCAUAAUUAUAUCGCUCCUCACGCUAUUUUUCGAAUUUUGGAAAAUUGUUGAGUAAUUUCAGCUAUUUUUGGGUUUUUCUUAAAAACCUCACUCAGCAAUUUUCUCAAGCUUUCGUUUCACUAACUCAAUCAAAAAAUCGGAGAACGAUGACUUUAUAGAGCAACCAUGGGUGAAAAAUGAAGUUUCUUUCAUUCCUGUACGCAAGAAUGCCGACGUCAAUCUUUCUUGCACUUACGAUGGAACCCCCGUGCCGCAAGUGGAAUGGUUUUUCAACGGAUAUAAACUGAAUGUAAAUUAAAAAGCAAAAAAAGAAACUUCCUUUUUUAUUUAGAUCGCUGAGGAACGUUUUAAGAAAACUGUCGAGUUUGCUCAGCGGAUGAACGGGUACAGCAAAACUACGCUUGUGAUUAAAGAAAUCAAUGUUGUAAGUUGAAAAUUUCGGUUCUUUAAGGUUUAGGGAGGCACUUUUUGAAAUUACCACAGGGUUCCUAUUAAUAAGGAUAAAGAAUGAUAGCGUUGAAUGAAACGGUUCAAAAAUACUUUUUUUUUGCAGUUUUAGGAAAAAAAUGAAUUUUUUUUGAUUUUUCGAUUUUUUUUUCAUCCUAUAUCUUAUUGUAAGGGUCCUUCGAAAAUAAGGAAAAGGACAUUUUCUAAUUGAAGGAAGCCUUUGGCGACUACGCGUGUCGCAUCUCCAACAAACUGGGAUCUGUGAAGGCGGUGGUCCACGUGAGCGGUAAGUGCACUCGCUGACAUGAAUAAAACACGGCGCGUUUUCGAGAUUCGCGCUUAUUUGUAAACCUGAGCGAUCGGGCAAACACACCUAUUAUGAAGACCCCUUUCUUGUCCCGCCAAAACAUUAUGAGGCGGCAAAACGCAACAGGCGCGAAUUUACAUGCAGAAUGAACUAGAAAAUCAGUUAAGUCUCAAAAGAGGGAACGUAAAAAAUUAGUCGCUCUCGAUUUUAAUUGAAUAUUUUCUUAUAUUCAGGAAAACCCGGGCCUCCCGAGCUUUCCGUCGACGGACCUGAACUUUCUUGGAAGGUUGAAUCUGAAGAAAAGGUACCGUUUUUGACUUUGAAUUUCAGUGCAAAUUUAUUCAGUCAGGUAAAUUCUUUCAGAACCAAAAACCUUCAAUACUUUCUGUGAGCUGACGUCUCAAAGUUUCAACUAAAGAUACUAAGACAUGAUAAACCAAAUUUUGAAUUUUCAUUUCCAUAUUCUCUUAGAGACCAAACUUUUUUUAUAGUGAAAAAAAUAAUUUCGUGAAGCAUCGGAUUGAAGACCUCAAUUAACACAAAUAAUUCAAAAAAUGUUGCGCAACUUUGUGUUCAGGUGCUUGAGUACCGUUUCUGCUACCGAUUCGAAAGAGAAGACACCUGGCAAGAUGAGAAGUGCAAAUCCAUACGCACAACGAAAAGUUAGAUUUUUUUUCCUUUUUAUUUUGCAAUCCAAAAAAAAAUCUAGGCGACAACAAGGGAGGAAACAAAUGGGAACACGACAUUGAUCUGACGCGUUACCUCGAGCCAAAGCAGAAGUACGAAAUCCAGCUGCAAGCUCGCAAUGCCAUGGGUUGGGGAUCCUACGCCAAGGAUUAUCUCAAUGUUGAGAUUCAAUCUUUUGAGCAAGGUUUUCAUUUCUUUUGAGUUUAUUUGUAUGAAAAUCAGUUCAUAAAUUGAAAAUAAGACAUUAUGAAAAUACCAUUAAAAAAAUAAAACAAGAAAGAUUAACCCUUAAACCCUAUAAGUUGUCUUAAUGAAGCACCUCUAAAAAUGUGCCGAAACACAGAUUUUUGCCUCGUUCUUAUUGAAAAAAAAUCAUAAUAUUUUAUUAAUGAUUUCAUUACCUUCAUCAUAUUUUAUUAAUGAAACGGGAGAUAGAGUCAAUAAGUAUAUUUCUUAUAUUCGGGAGUUCAGCAUUUAUAGUUCGUAAUUACAACUUAUUCGUUUUUUUUUUCAGCCAAGAUCCAAUCAGCUGCCACCUUGACGACGUCUCUGACCUUGGUGAUCCCUGCCUUGUUGCUCGUCUUUUAG